AUUGGAGGCCAAGACACCGCAGAGGCCAACAAAAAGAGCGGAGGGGCCGCAGGAAAGCGAUGGAUUGGCACCACGAGGGUCGCUGCUGUAUCCGCCAGCGCCGCCCCCGUCUCUACAGAAAGAUGCUGCACGCCGCAGUCCAAACCGUAGUCCAUCCUCAUCGGAUGGGGAGCAACAAUCCGCUGUCGGGCCCGACGGGUCGGAGGUGGUCGCCGUCAUGCAAAACUUUUCACACUCUCGUGCUUUUCACAAGCUAACCAAGGCUGAUCUUGUAGCCUAUGCCAAACUGCACCACGUUGCCUUGGCUAUGUCAAGCACCAAGAGGGAGCUGUUCGAGGUGGUACGUCGCUUGGUUCAGGCCAAGACGGACGAGACUCAAUAA